CGUUAGUUGUACGUUUCACAUCACAAGAGACGGAUGCAUCAUGUGGAAGACCACGACCGUGAUCUUCGUUCUUGCCAUUGGCAUAGCUCUUUUAUUCCGAACCAGUCCUGUAAUUGUACCGGAUUUGCCCGAGACAUUCUGGGGGUCAGAAAGAAAUAAAGAAGCUUCGAAAGAAGUACGAUCUUUUACUAUUGCAGUAUCGAAAUCGGUAAUUGAUGACCUAAAUGAACGGCUCAAAAACAGAAGAGAAUUGGUAGAACCAUUGGAGGAUACUGCGUGGACUUACGGCAUGAAUACGACUUAUUUGAAAGAUAUUCUUGAAUAUUGGAGCACAAAUUAUAACUGGACUGAACGGCAAGCGUUGCUCAAUAAGUAUCCUCAAUACAUAACCAAUAUACAAGGUCUGGAUAUACAUUUCUAUCGCGUGAAACCUAAUGUUUCGCGACCCAAAUUAAAGAUUUUGCCACUGUUAAUUGUUCACGGUUGGCCAGGAUCGGUGGUGGAAUUCCAAAAAAUUAUUCCUCUGUUAACGACACCGCGUCCCGACAAAGACUUUGUGUUUGAAGUGAUCGUACCUUCGCUUCCGGGAUAUGGAUUCUCACAAGCGGCCGUACGACAAGGAUUGGCUCCUGCGCAGAUAGCUGUUAUAUUCAAAAAUCUUAUGUUGCGUCUUGGUCAUGAUAAAUUUUACACGCAGGGCGGAGACUGGGGCGCCGCUAUUGUUACGCAUUUAUCUACUCUUUUCCCGAAUAAUGUUCUUGGCACUCAUUCGAACAUGUGUAUGGGUAAGGUAAAGUCCAGUAUGCUGUGGAGACUCAUCGGUGCCCUUGUUCCAUCGCUCGUUGUCGAGAGCGAAUAUGCCGAUAGAAUGUAUCCUUUUGGAUAUCACAUGGGUCGACUUCUUGAAGAAACUGGAUACAUGCAUAUACAAGCUAGUAAACCAGAUACUAUAGGUGCUGCCGUGGGAGCCUCGCCAGUCGCAUUGGCAGCAUAUAUUUUGGAAAAGUUUAGUACAUGGACGAAUCCAGAGUACAGAUUUCGAGCGGAUGGUGGUCUCCUCGAAAAAUACACUUUAGAUGAGCUUUUAGAUAAUAUCAUGCUUUAUUGGGUUACCAACUCUUUCACUACGAGUGUACGACUUUAUGCCGAACAGUUUACGAAAACUGUUAUGGCGAGUGGUAUCGAUGACUUGCCUGUUGAUGUGCCGGCAGCGUGUGCGGUAUUUCCUUAUGAGCUAGUUUAUCAACCGAAAAGCAUUCUUGGCAAUAAAUUUACUAAUCUGAUACAAUUUAAUCAUUUGCCACGAGGGGGCCAUUUCCCAGCAUUUGAAGAACCGACUCUUUUAGCGGAUGAUAUCUUCAAUUUUGUGUUCACGGUUGAAGAUAUCAGGAAGAAAAACAAUGCUAAAAACAUGCCAAACGCAGAGAAGAAAAUAAAGGAGCCUACGAAAAUUUGAAAAAAAUAUU